AGAUCUCAGCCCUGGUAGCAUCGUUCUCGCGUACAGUCGUUCUUGAAGCGCGAAAUUCCGCUCAACCGACCGCGGACCGUGUUCGACGAUAUUCAACACACCGACAGCGGUUUUAUUGCGCCAAUAUUUCAGAGAAAGCACGAAUGGCACGCAACAUGCGAUCAGUGCCAUAGCCCCGGAAUAACUUUAUGGAGCUUUAUGGUGGAGGUUGUGUCAGCUGAGGCUUCCGGCGGCCCUUAUCUCACAACCACCAUGUUCCGUCUGGGAUUGGGGAGACAGCCAUGGCGCUUCCCAGCCAUCCAGCGUCGCCUCUAUGCUGCAAAGAGGCCGAUUCCCAAGCUGGUCACCACAGAGCCCAGCACGUUUUCCCGAUACUCGCCUUGGUCACCCCAUUUCGCAUAUUCUUGGAAAGCACGAAGUUUUCUGCAGGGAAUCACGUAUGCUAUCGGACUGCUCCUCGCGACGCAGUAUGUGGACACGAUACUCUUCUCCAAUGUCGAACAACAAUACGGUUCUGAGCAUGAAAUAAGAAUCGCUAUCGAGAAGCUCAAGCUUGCGUUACCUGGAGAUGACACUGUGUCUACCGACCCGGAGGUCCUCAAGUCUUAUGGCUCAUCGGACAACUCGUACCACCCUGCGUCCCCGCACUCAGUUGUGGUUCGGCCUAACAGCACGGAGGAUGUGAUGAAAAUUGUCAACAUCGCGAGAGAAUACCGGGUCCCUAUUGUCGUUUCGUCUGGUGCUACGAGUCUUGAAGGACAUUUCUCUGGGGUGCCUACUGGGAGUAUUUGCGUUGAUGUGUCUGGGAUGGAUAAAAUUAUCCAGAUCGAUGAGGCGGACUCCGAUCUUGUUUGCCAAGCGGGCGCCAGAUGGGAAGAUAUCAACCGAACUCUCAAAGAAGAAGGGAUCCCACUUUUCUUCCCUCUUGAUCCAGGACCAGGCGCGACAAUUGGUGGUAUGGUUGGAACUGGCUGCAGUGGAACCAAUGCGGUUAGGUACGGCACGGCAAAGGCUGAGUGGUUUUUGAACUUGACGGUUGUUCUUCCCAAUGGCGAAGUAAUCAAGACGAGACGACGGUCGCGCAAGUCCGCCGCUGGAUUUGAUACCACGAAGUUGUUCAUCGGUGCUGAGGGCACACUGGGUAUAGUCACGGAAGCCACACUUCGACUGGCUCCACGACUCCCAACCAAAGUGGCCAUGGCGCAGUUCCCUUCAAUAGACAAAGCUGUGGAUGCCGUGCAGGAAAUACUUAAUUCACCUUAUGGCGCCAACUUCCAAUGCGUCGAACUUCUGGAUAACAACAUGAUGGAGGCUAUAAACACGAGUGGAGUCAUCGAACACACGUACCCAGUUAGCGACACCCUAUUUUUCAAGAUACAAGGAUCACCCGAGUCCAUCAAGUUGGCAGCCAAGGAAGCCCAGGCGAUCACCAAAAAGCACUCCAGCACCCAAUUUCCUGACGAUUUGUGGAGGAACAGGAAACACGCUUUGACAUCGUCGAUAGCUUACGCAGGUACCGGUGCAAAAUGUUGGACUACGGACGUUUGCGUUCCUGUCUCGCGCCUUCCUCAACUGGUGGCAGAAUCGAAGAAAGACCUCGCGGAGGCUGGUAUAUUGAGCACUAUCGUGGGUCAUGUUGGUGAUGGGAACUUCCAUGCGCUGCUGCUAUUCAAGAAUGACGAUGAGCUGGGAAAAGUAAGCGAUGCUGUUCACCGUAUUGUGCAUAGAGCUAUUGCUCUGGAUGGAACAUGUACCGGAGAGCACGGAGUCGGAGUGGGUAAAAAGGAAUACCUCAUUGACGAGCUAGGCGAGGGUACAGUGGAAUUAAUGAAGACGAUCAAGAAGGCUGUUGAUCCUCAAAAUCUUCUGAAUCCUGGAAAGCUGUACCCGGAUGGGCCGUCGAAGAAGGCGACCAAGUAAAAGGGAAGCAUGUCUUGAGCGGAUUUUAGACUUUCCAUCUACCACUGCGCUUCCUGGAAUAGUACGUGAGCGGUUCUCGCAGCUGGAGGGCAUAGAGAGUAUCUAUGAUUGUAUCUUGUACAAGCGCGAUAUCUAUCUAGUCUUGUAAUCAAUAAUCUAACAAAGUAGGACGAAGCCCCUAGACCAAAAUUUCCGACAACAUGCCGAACAACAGGAUUCGUCUUGUGUGUAUCAUGCCUUGGAUGGCAGUGUAGAGCAACCUGGAAAAUCUACCACCAUGUCACUUCUGAGAAGCGGCAAUGACAAGACGUAUUUUUCCGUGACGAUUUGAAAGUGGUCCAGGACGAAGCCACGGUCCCGAAUGUCGGGAUGUGCGUUCGACACGGUCGCCGCCAUAUG